CUCUCACAAACCAUUUCUUGUUAUAUCACCAAACCUCUCCUCCUCUCUCCGUAUUGUUUCCUUGGCUUUACUCUCUCUUCUCUCUCCUUCUUCGUUUGUAACCUUUACUCUGUUUUCAUGUUCGGAGAGAGAUUCAUGGGUUUUGGAGGUUUUAAUGGAGACUUCAACUUCCGAGGAGCUUCCGAUCAUCGUCCUCUUGGUUCUGAUGGGUUUUUACCGAGUCUCGACACAAACCCAUUUCUGAAAAACCACAAGAGUGUUGAAGCUCUGGAUUUGUGUAAAAAGCUUCACAAAAUGGGUAUCUCUUGUGACAUGAGUAUCUGGACCAAACCCGAAGAACAGUUCCGGGUCGACCCGAGUGAGUUUGGGGCUAGAACUCUUCAUGGGUCUUCUGGGUUUGACCAGAAUCUCACCGGAGCUUCUCAGAUUCAUGAUGGGUUUCGUAACUUUUCCUCUGUUCGUCUGCAAAACAACAAUUUUCAUGGAGUUUCUCCAUCUCCGGGAGAGAUGAGAUUACUUGGCCGUCAAGAUUCCUUUAACCUAAACGGAUUUGAAGAGAUGUUAGCUCUUAAGAAUCACAGAGAUUUUCUCUUAGAUCAGAUCCAUGAACCCAUAAAGCGUCCUCCUUUUCUCAGAGGCAACGAUGCUCUCAUAAGUUCGUUGAUGUUUGAAGGAAAUAAUAGGGUUUCUCAAACCCUAGCCGCCAUGGAAGCUUCUAGAGGUUUUUAUCCAGAGGAGGAUAGUUCUCUGCUGAGUCCAUUUCACGAGAAGGUUUCUGGAAAGCUUGGAGCUUCUUAUCUAGAAGAUACAGUACUAAUCGGUCAAGGCUCUUAUGGGAAGAUGAGUCCAAAAAGCAAUAAUGAUCUCGUCUCCAUGGUUGAGAUUUAUGGAUCUGUGAACUUAAUGGCGAAAGAUCAGAUUGGUUGCAGAGUUUUGCAGAAACUGGUCGAAGAAGGAACAUUUCAUGAAGCUAAGGUUAUAUUACUUGCAAUCAUUGACCAUGUCGUUGAACUUUCCAUGGAUCCUUUUGGGAAUUACAUUGUUCAGAAGCUGUUUGAUGUGAGUGAUGAGGAACAGAGGACGUUGAUUGUGAGUGUGUUAACGUCAAAUCCAAGGGAGCUUAUCAGAAUCUGUCUUAACACUUAUGGGACAAGGGUUGUGCAGAAGAUGAUUGAAACUGUGAAAACAAAACAGCAGAUUGCAUUGGUGAAGUCAGGUCUCAAACCGGGGUUUCUUGCUCUUGUCAAAGAUCUGAAUGGGAACCAUGUGAUACAGAGUUGCUUGCAAACCCUUGGCCCUAAUGACAAUGAGUUUGUGUUAGAAGCUGCUACUAAGUACUGUGCUGAGAUUGCUAUUCAUCGACACGGAUGCUGUGUUCUUCAAUGCUGCAUUUCAAACUCUGUUGGACUGCAACGUGAAAGACUCGUCGCUGAGAUAUCAAGAAACUCGCUUCACCUUUCUCAGGAUCCUUUUGGGAACUAUGUGGUGCAGUACUUAAUAGAUCAACAAGUUUCUGCAGUGAAGUUGCUGGUUCAGUUUAGAAUGCACUACGCCGAGUUAGCUACUCAGAAGUUUAGUAGCCACGUGAUUGAGAAGUGUCUAAGGAAGUAUCCAGAGAGUCGAGCUGAGAUCGUCCGUGAGCUCCUCUGUGUUCCAAACUUUGAAUAUCUUCUGCAAGAUCCUUAUGCGAACUAUGUGAUCCAAACUGCUCUCUCUGUAACCAAAGGACCUGUUCGUGCUAAAUUGGUGGCGAAGGUUUACAGGUACGGGAAACUACACUCGAGCCCUUACUGCAAGAAGAUUUUCUCCAAGACCAUCUUGAAGAAGUGACUUUGAUUAGUAACUAAAAAAUGUUGUUGUUGUUAUUUUGUGUUUCAAGAUCGGAUAGGGCUUUAGAGAAAACAAUGCCCUUAACUUUUUUGUUGUUGGUCUCCCUUUUUGUAGUGACAACAACUUUUGUCAAAACCAGAACUACUUGUUAGUCUGUGUUUUAGGCCAAUGCUCUUCAUAUAUAUAU